AUGUCUUUGGCAGAAAGCGUAGCUCGGCCAAUCAACAUCUUGGAUGAGGUCACGUGCCCGGUUGGGCCAAUGGAUAGUGAUGCUCGUGAAACUCAGACUGGAGCAACCCGAACUGAGGGUCAGUUCACUUUCCCGCACAGGACGGCAAAAAUGCCGCCAAUUUGCAUUCGAGAAUGCAAGUACAACUGGAAAUCUUUCACUGAACUGCUUGAAAAGGAACAACUGACCGAUUUCACCGCGAAAAAGAAAGGUGAAGGCAACUAUGAAAUACACACAAAAAAUUCGGAUACCUUCCGAAGCAUGACUGCCCUUUUCGACAAAAAAGAAUUUUCUUAUCACUCGUUCCUUCUCCCUGAGGAGAAGAACCUCAAAGUUGUGAUAAGAAAUCUUCCCAUUGAUGCGAAACCCACGGACAUUCAGGAGAAACUCCGUGAAAAAGAUUUCACUGCGCUCAAAGUGGAACAACUGAUGAAGGGCAGAGGAAAAGAUAGGGCUAAAAUGCCCCUAUUUCUGGUCACUCUUUCUAAGACCCCUAAAAACAAUGAGAUAUAUCAUCUGAAAUAUCUAAUGUACUUGCACAUUAAAGUCGAAAGAUAUCGUGGUCGGCGUGGGCCGACACAAUGCUUUCGAUGUCAAAGGUACCAUCACGCGCAGGCGGCGUGUCACCACCCGCCUUGCGCUGCUGUAAGUGUGCAGGCCCUCAUGAAAGCCGGGAUUGCCCGGAACCUAAAGAUUCUGAGCCGAAAUGUUGUAACUGUCUCGGGAAAGCAUACCAGCAGCAACUGGAGGGUUUGUGAGGCCUUCCCAAAGCAGAAACCCAAUGCCCCCAAGUUUUUGAUGAAAGGGUCAUUGUCAAUAAAUCCUACGCCCAGGCUGUUCAAUCUGAUAUUUUCGCGGGGAAAAUUCAGAAAGCUGUAG